AUGGCAGUAGCUCGAUAUUUGACAUCAUUACUACUAUCAUGUGAACAAUGGGAAUUAUUGAGACGACUAAGAAAUUCUGGAUUAACAACGAGUAGAAUAGUGAAUGGAUUGGAAGAAAUUCAACGUAUGGAAUGUUUAUUCUCAUUAACGAAAACGUGUGAAUCCAAUGAAUCAUCUACUGAUGCUACAAAUCAAUCCAAUUCAUCAUCACCAAGUACUACAGAUAACAAUGAUUUAACAACAGCAAAUUCAUCCGAUAAUAUCAAUGGACACUCAUUAAAGAAUUCUCACGCUGUUGGUAAUCAAAAUGAAUUCGUUCCACCCAUUACAAAUUCGGAUACAGCUAUCAUUGUACCAUUAGUACAAAGUUCAUUUGAAGAGACUCAACAAAAUCAACAGUGCCCAGAAGAAAAAAGUACUGGAAUCAACAAUAUGCAGAGAGAACAAGAAGUAUCGAACGAUGCGAAACGUAUUGAUUCAUCAACAAGUCUUGAUGAGAAUAAUCUUUCACCUCUAUCAUUAUAUUCGGACGACAAUUGCUAUACUGGAAACAAUAAUAGACGAUCAAUUCCUAGGUAUUAUGAUAAAUUGCAGUAUGUGACAUGUUCAAACGCUUCAUUCACAGAAAUUGACAAAGAUGAAUUGACUGAAUUGCAAUUUAAAGGUUUUAUUAGUGUUCGUGAAGAAGUCAGUACAUUCGUUCGAAAACAUUGUUUGCGACCAGCUCAAGUAGCAAAAUUAGCUGGUGAUUAUAGUAGAUUCGAUUGGUUUCAAGGUUCACAUACUAUGAAUAUAAAACAACAAAAAUUUUCGUUUUCAGCAACAAAAGUAGCAUUAUGUGUUGAUGAUACAAGUAAACUCUGCGAUGAACAAGUUAGUUCAAUGAUAUUUGAAUCAACAGUUGAGAAAGCAUCACAAAAUAUGCCCGUAUCAUCAUUGAUUGAAUGGCCAAAACGAACAAGAUUCACGUUUAAAAAAGACCAUUUACAAAUAUUAGAAUUAGCAUUCGCAGAAAAUCCUUACCCUGAUCCAAGAAAACGUGAAGAACUAUCUCAAAUAUGCAAUUUAUCCCAACAGAACAUGAAUAACGAGCGAGAAUUAGUCACAGAACAAGUUAUCACACAUUGGUUUCAAAAUAAACGUCGAUUAAUGAAAAAAGGCCUACGCUGUGAUUCACAUAAUAGCCCAACACAGUUUUAUAGCCAACGACGAUAA